AUGCCUCAGCAGGAAUUCGUACCUAAAUCUUACGCUUUGAAAGAGUCCAGCUCGCCAGACGAUGCAUCCAUUCAUCUGCAGAGCAAGGGAGCAGAUGUUCCUUUCGACUUCGCCUUCGAGGUUGUACGGCCGGGACUGUUCAGGACCACCUUCACCUCAUCAUCUCAUCCUCUACCAUCAUUCCCAAGCGCUGCGAGACCUGAACGGCAAAUCGCCGCCAUCAAAGUCGUGGACGGACCCAACGACUCCUCGAAGACCUUCCAGAAUGGCGACAUCGAGGCCACGGUCGACUGGAGCGGUCCUCCCCUCGUAUCCAUUGGUUUCAAAGGUCACGAACCUCUGCACACUGACCUCCCUUUCCGCUCCUACGUAGUCGAUGGUCCUGGCAUCGCACAUUACACUCGCUACCACCGCAACAACCUGCACGUCGGGCUAGGAGAGAAGGCAGCACCGAUGGACCUUUCCAACCGCCACUUCACGUUGUCGGCCACAGACUGCUUUGGAUACGAUGUGCACAGGACUGAUCCAAUGUACAAGCAUAUCCCACUGCUGAUCCGAGCAACGCCGCACGGAGUAGUUGCAACGUUCUCGACGAGCCAUGCGAGGGGCUACUACUCCAUCGGCAGUGAGAUGGAUGGCAUGUGGGGACUAUUCAAGGUCUACCGUCAGGAUUAUGGCGGCUUGGAGCUGUACACCAUGAUUGGCCACACUCUUCAGGACGUCGUUACGCUCUACGCUGAUCUGGUGGGCUACCCACUGCUGGUUCCCCGCUGGGCCUUCGGGUACCUGGCCGGCGGGAUGAAGUACUCCAUGCUCGACUCACCACGCGCAAGCGACGCACUCAUGCAGUUCGCGGCAAAGCUGGAGGAGCACGACAUACCUUGUUCAGGCUUCCAGAUGUCGUCCGGCUACACCGUCGCAGAAACCGAGCCCAAGACCCGGAACGUCUUCACCUGGAAUCGUCAUCGUUUCCCAGACCCAAAAGGCUUCUGUGACGCUUUCCACAAACGCGGCAUCCGGUUGAUCGCCAACAUCAAGCCGUACAUCCUAGCUUCUCACCCAGAGUACGAGAAUCUGGUCAAAGCAGGUGCACUAUUCGUCGACCCCAAGACGAAGGAGUCCGCUGUCGCUCGCCUCUGGUCUGCUGGAGGAGGCGAGUCAGGCGAAGGCGGGCACGUCGACUUCUCCUCCAAAGCUGGCUACGACUUCUGGUACAGCGGCGUCAAGGAGCUGCGCAAGACCGGCAUGGACUGCAUGUGGAACGACAACAACGAGUACGUCAUCCCAGACGACAACUGGAUGCUCGACCUUUCCCACGACUCUGUCAAAAAAGCCUUGACAGACUCCAAAUCCGACCGAAAAGACAUCGGCCUCUGGGGCCGAGCAAUGCACUGCGAACUCAUGGCCAAAGCCUCCCACGACGCCCUUCUCGAAGCGUUUCCCAACGAACGUCCCUUUGUCCUCACCCGCAGCGCAACAGCAGGCACGAUGCGCUACGCCGCCUCCUCCUGGUCCGGCGACAACGUGACGAGCUGGGACAGCAUGCGCGGCGCCAACGCCUUAUCUCUCACAGCAGGUAUGUGCCUUCUCCAAAGCUACGGCCACGACAUCGGCGGCUUCGAGGGACCACAGCCAUCCCCUGAGCUGCUGCUCCGUUGGGUACAGCUGGGGAUCCACAGCCCGCGCUUCGCGAUCAACUGCUUCAAAACUGGCUCUGAUAAUAAGGUGGGCGAUGUGAUCGAGCCGUGGAUGUACCCGCACAUUUUGCCUGAGAUCCGCAAAGCCAUUCUCCGCCGGUACGAAAUCAUCCCGUACCUCUACAGCCUGAUGCUGCAAAGCCACCUCACCGCCGUCCCGCCUCAGCGCUGGGUCGGAUGGGGCUACGAGAACGACGCAGAAGUCGGGACGAACAAGACGCUCAAGGACGGCGAGACGCAGUACUGGCUCGGCGAUACACUCCUCGUAGCCGGCGUCUACGAACCCGGCGUCGAGAGCGCCAAAGUCUACCUGCCUAAGCAGUCGAACUCAGACCCUGGCUUCAUCAACCUCAAUAGCCCGCACCAGACCUUCUCCGCAGGGCAGUGGGUCACGAUCCCCAGCCCCUGGCGCAGCAGCAUACCCCUCCUCGCCCGCAUCGGCGGCCUCAUACCCGUCGGUCGGGACCACCAAGUCUGCAGUCCAGGCGAUACAAUCAACGAAGCCGAUCUCCCGCAAGACAGCUACCGCGGCGUGGAGAUCUUUCCGCCGCCGGAAGAACAUCUCGCCUCGGACGGAAGCACGACGUACGUCAAUACCUGGCUCGAAGACGAUGGAGUCUCGCCUGCUCCGGCGAAGACGGCGAAGUUCAUCUUUGCGUACACGGCGACGGCGACGGAGGUGGCGGUGAGUUUUGGGAAGGACUUGUCUGCGGGGUUUACGCCGCCGUGGUUGGACAAGGGGUUGACUGUGAUUUUGCCUGUUGGAGACAGGAGGCGGGUGGUGUCGAGUGACUUGGGUGUGGCGGUGGAGGCGAGGAGGCAGGACGAGUUGGGAAGGACGAGGUGGCAUGGCGCGGCUGUGAAGACUGAGGAAGGCGGGCCUAGUAAGCUUUGA